AUGACGCGCGCACAACAAACAAUCAGCAUUGCGAUGCUCCUGACAUCCAUCUACCUCGCAGUCUUUAUGGAAGUCAUUCCGUUCCCUGAAAAGCUUCAGAAUGAGGUUGUUCCUGUCCUCCCCUUCUGGGCCCUCGUCUCCUUCGGCGCAUACCUGCUCUUCAAACUCGGCUGGGGGGUCUUCACAUUCAAUGAUGUGCCAGAUGCGCAUAAGGAGCUCAUGCAGCAAAUAGCAGAAGCGAGGGUCGAUCUCAAGGCGCAGGGGGUGGAUGUCGGUGAAGACUAG